AGGUUUACAGGAAAUAUGACUUUCAGGAAGUAGCGUUAGAAAGUUUUCACAUUUGUUGUGUCAUCAAAGUUACAACUAUAGUGUUUGAAGUUUAACAAGUUUAAAGAUAAGAUACACGAACUAUUCAAAGGGAAUCAGGUGUGAAAUCGCGUGAACGCUGCCUACGAAAAAUAAGUGGUUGUAGGACUGGGAGGCCAUGAAUCGAGUUCCCCUGCAGCAGCCGCAGAACUGUGGACCCUGGGAGCUGAAGGAGCGUCUGGGCACCGGAGGCUUUGGGAAUGUCACAAGAUGGCAAAAUAAGGACACAGAGGAGCAGAUUGCUAUAAAGCAGUGCCGCCAGGAGCUGAGCGAGAGAAACAAGGAGAGAUGGUGUCUGGAGAUCCAGAUCAUGAAGAGGUUGAGCCAUGUUAAUGUGGUUGCAGCCAGAGAGGUUCCUGAGAGAAUGCAGAAGCUGGUGGUCACCAAUGACCUGCCACUGCUGGCGAUGGAAUACUGUCAGGGAGGGGAUUUGAGAAAGUAUCUGAACCUCUUGGAGAACUGCUGUGGGAUGAGAGAGGGCUCUGUUCUGAUUCUGUUACGUGACAUUUCUUCGGCUCUGACCUACCUCCACAACAAGAGGAUCAUCCACCGAGAUUUGAAACCAGAAAACAUUGUGCUGCAGCAGGGGGAGAAGAGGUUGAUCCACAAGAUCAUAGAUCUUGGCUAUGCUAAGGAAUUGGACCAGAGCAGCCUUUGCACCUCAUUUGUAGGAACACUGCAGUACUUAGCUCCGGAGCUCAUUGAAAGGCAGAAGUACACGGUCACUGUGGACUACUGGAGCUUCGGGACUUUGGUGUUUGAGUGUAUCACAGGAUUUCGGCCUUUCUUACCAACCUGGCAGCCUGUUCCCUGGCACAAUAAACUGAGGCUGAAGCAUGAUGAUGACAUUGUCGUCUAUGAGGACCUCUUAGGGGAGGUCCGCUACUCUAAACAUCUGCCCCAGCCUAACAACCUCAACAGUCUUUUAUUAGAGAAGCUGGAGAGGUGGCUGCAGCUGAUGUUAAAGUGGUCCCCUCAGGAGAGAGGCAAAGACCAUAACACUACACCCAGUGACUGCUUCUCCCAGCUUGAGAUCAUACUGCAGCUCAAGCUGGUUCAUGUCCUGAACAUGAGGUCUGCAAUGAUCCUGACGUAUGCCGUCUCAGACGGUGAGACUGUUGCCGACCUGCAGCUGAGAAUAGAGAAAGACACCAACAUCCCCGCAGCCAAUCAGGAGCUGUUGCUGGAGGCGGGAUUAGCCUUGGAGCCUAAUGGCCUGGCCAUGCAGUGUGCCAUAGAUUACACAGAGAUAGAUGGGCGACGGACAGAUUUGCCUCUGGUCUUCCUGUUUGAUCGCUCCUCUUGCAGCUAUGAGCCCCAGUUUUCUCCUCGCACUCUCCCUGAAAACAUCCGUUUUGUCCAAACGGACCCUAAGCACGUUCUGGCCUACAGCCCUCUGAGGAGGACCUGCGGCCAGGCGUGGCACACCAUCCGCUCCCUGAAAGAAGACUGGCAAAGACUGCAGCAGGGACAGAAAGCUGCCAUCAUGAGCCUCCUAAGACACAACUCUUCACUGUCCAAACAGAAAAAUGAGAUGGUGUCCAUGCACCAGAGGCUCAUGGCCAAGCUGGAUUUCUUCACCACCAGCCUUCACAUAGACAUGGACAAAUACCAGGAGCAGACAGCCACUGGCAUUGCGUCAGAGAAACUCCUGGGUGUGUGGAGGGAGAUGGAGCAAACUGCUGUCAGCUGUGGUCAGGCCAAGGUGAGUGAACUAGAGGAAGAGAUGAUGCAGCUGCAGCAAGACAUAGUGGAUGUGCAGAGGCAGCCAUGGAGGAGUGGAGAGGCCCUGGACACACUUGAAGGAAAAGCCAUGGAGCUGUUCCGCAAACUCAGAGAGAAACACAGAGACCAGAGGUGUCCAGGGGACAGUCAGGAAGUGGUGCGUCUGGUGCUUCAGGCUGUGCAGUUCUAUGAGAGGAAGCUCAAAGACUUUUAUACACACCUCAGUAAGACGGCCAUGUGCCGUCAGCGGGUGAUGGAGCUGCUGCCGAAGGUGGAGGGCGUGGUCCAGAGGAUGGCUGAGAGCGAACAAGUCCUGAUGAGUCUGCAGGAGAAACGACAGAGGGAACUGUGGAACCUGCUCAAAGUCGCCUGUAGUAAAGUUCGCAGCCCAGUCAGUGGGAGUCCUGAUGGAUUACAAACCCCCUCAUCAGUGCCACCUCUUCUGACCCCCAGACACAGCUUACAGCAGCUUGACGAGUCCCUCGUGGAAGAGAGCAGGACAUUUGAGAGUCGACUCCAGAGUUUGCUACACGACACCAUCCAGGAGUCAGAGAGUAGUAUGGGGAUGCUGAGGGAGUGGACGUGGCUGCGUGGAGGCCAGAACUUCUCCAGUGACCUCUCCUAAACUGGGUUUAAUUCUUUGAUUACAUGUGGUACAGUACUGCCUCUGUGUGGCUGGGAUGUCAAACUACAAGGGGGUAUAGCUGUUCUGACAAUGUGUGUAAUAGCUGCUGCUACAUUUUUUCAUCCAUCCAUCCAUUUUCUAAACCGCUUAGUCCCAAUCGGGGUCACGGGGGGCUGGAGCCAAUCCCAGCCAGCUGCGGACGAAAGGCGGGGUACACCCUGGACAGGUCGCCAGCCCAUUGCAGGGCCAACGCACAUAUGAACAACCACUCGCACACACAGGCAAUUUAGAGACACCAAUCAACCUAUGCUGCUGGUUUUUGGACUGUGGGAGGAAGCUGGAGCACCCGGA